UCAUGAUCAGCCCGCAUACACUCUGCACCGCCUCGAGCUGCAAAAAGUAUUUAAGAUCUCACUUGCAUCCAUCCGGCUCCCCAUCCACCUCACCAUCUGUUCCAACUUGCCCCUCUUUAUUAUAACUCUCUCCAAGCGAUCCCUGCCAUCAAGGAAUUUUAAUUAACCAAUAUUACCCACCCGAUGUCCGGCUAUUCAACCCAGAACUACAAUGAACAACCACUACCAGUUGGCUGGAUCAAGGAAUGGGAUAGUAACCAUAACGCUUGGUAUUUCGUUGAUACCCGUCAAAAUCCGCCACUGAUCACCUGGAAUGAUCCACGUCAUUCCGCUCCACCACCACAAGGACCACCUCCAGCCGCAGGUGGUGAUCGUGGGUUGAUGGGAUCACUUGGCUCGAUGAUCUCAGGAAAACCACCCAAGAACCCAAACAAUUCGUACUCUCAAAACCCUCAUGGCCCUUACAAUAAUCAGUCGGCCUACCAAGCUCCCAUUCAACAAUACACCCCCGGCGGAGAAGCCAGCUCGUAUUACAACCAACCCGCCCCUCCAGCCAACUACCACCAAGCUCCACCACCACCACCAAACAAUGGUACCAAACCGGGAGGUGGAGGGGGCUUAGGGAGUCUGUUAUCGAAGAUCCCAGGCGGUGCUGGUGGUAGUGGUGGUAAUGGAGGGGGAGGUGCCGGAGCGAUGUUAUCGAAGAUACCUGGAAUGCUCGGCGGUGGGGGUAGUUCCUCAGGCGGCGGCGGUGGUGGUGGGGCAGGGGGCAAGACCAACCCCCUGCUUGCCGGCGCAGGUGGAGCGGCGGCGGCCGCACUGGCCGGAAAACUCCUCGGCGGAGGCCACAAAAAUUCCCAUCAUGGCGGCGGCCAUUCCGGAGGCCAUCACGGUGGUGGACUGAUGUCCAUGAUCCCUGGCCAACACCACGGUCAUCAUCACGGCCAUCAUCACGAAUGAUCGUCCCCUCUUUUG